AGAUGACUGAGCGAUCUUGAAUCAACUUUGAAGAUGAAUUUCGCCAUUUUAAUGACUGUUUUGCUGUUCAGCGACUUGAUUUUGGCUCAAGAUGUUGGUAAUGCUAAUGAAACAGAAAUAUCUAUUGAAAUACAGUCAUGCAAUCCUGACACCUGUGAUCUACUGAGAGAGUUUGGUGCAAUGACAGAAAAACUCAGAGCUGUGGAAACCAGGCUGAAGGACAGUGAAACCAGACUGAAGGACAGUGAAACCCAGAUUCUGGAACUGAGGAGUAAAGAAAGUACCAAGGUGAUUUUCAGUGCAGCAACAGGAGGAGGAGAUAAAGGCAUCGGACCGUUCAACACAGACACAACUUUAAUCUACAGAACAGUGAUAUCAAACAUUGGUAAUGCCUACAGUCCAUCCACAGGUAUCUUCGUUGCACCUGUUGCAGGUGUUUAUUACUUCAACAUCUUCUAUUGUGCUGCUGGAACACAUCCGGCAAAUCUGAAUCUGUACAUUAACAAUAAACCGAUAGUCGCGGCCUAUGAUAACAAGUCAUCAUCUGACACAGCUGAUACUGGAGGAAAUGCAGUGUUCCUGCAGCUGCAGCCAGGAGACCAGGUGUAUGUGCGCAUGCUGGUAAAUUCAUGGGUUUGGGGAUCUGACUAUCAUACAACCUUCAGUGGUUUUCUAGUCACUCAAAUGUGAUGAUCUAUACACUGUAUAUCUGUUCAUUACUGCUUGAAUAUGGAUGUAAAAGUCUCAGAUCACUACAGUAAAUAAUGUUAAAAUGUGAUGAAUCAGAAGGCUGUUAGUCUUCUUUAAUCAUUGCUUCAUUUAGUUCUUUAUGCUGCGAAGCUGACAGUUUGGCUGGAAAAUGAAUGAAGAGAAGAUAUACUGAGGAGAUACAAGAUGCAUUACAGAAAGCUUACUGUCAACUAUUGCCAUGACAUUUGGUUUAGAUUUUGAUGAGCACAGGAGAAUGGGCAUUUUAUUUCACUCUUUUUAAAUUCUGUUUAUAUGUAUACAUUUCCUGUUUUUCCUUUUAUAUCUAGUCCUACUGCCCUUUACGUCUUAAAUAAAUAACUUUUAAUUGCCAUGUUGUUGAAAUUUGCUAAACAAAUAAACUUGUUUUGUAAGAUCA